AUGGAUAGCAAGGAUGAGGGUUCAUCAAGCUCUUUUCCAAUGGGCAUAACGGCCCAAGAAAAAGGAUUGUCACAUGUACCUGAAUGUUAUAUGAUUCCACCUUCACAUAGACCUAGUUUAAAUCCAGAGACAGCCGAUGUGCCUGUCAUUGACUUGGCUGGGUUGGAUAAGGACCCUGCACAACGGUCUCUCAUCAUCAAAAACAUUGGAAAUGCUUGUCGCACCAAAGGCUUCUUCCAGACUAGGAUGGAUAGCAAGGAUGAGGGUUCAUCAAGCUCUUUUCCAAUGGGCAAAACGGCCCAAGAAAAAGGAUUGUCACAUGUACCUGAAUGUUAUAUGAUUCCACCUUCACAUAGACCUAGUUUAAAUCCAGAGACAGCCGAUGUGCCUGUCAUUGACUUGGCUGGGUUGGAUAAGGACCCUGCACAACGGUCUCUCAUCAUCAAAAACAUUGGAAAUGCUUGUCGCACCAAAGGCUUCUUCCAGAUUAUGAAUCAUGGAAUACCUCAAUCAAUCCUGGAUGGAGCACUUUCGGUGGCCAUCGGAUUUUUCGACUUGCCAACCGGAGAGAAAGUGAAGUUCAUGUCUAACGACGUGCACAAGCCGGUCAGGUAUGGUACAAGCUUGGGGGGUGGUGUUGACAAGGUACAGUUUUGGAGGGUUUUUCUCAAACAUUAUGCAAGUCCUUUGAAAGACUGGGUUGAAUUAUGGCCAACUAAUCCACCUGAUUACAGGUACUUUCAUUUGUUAGCUGCCAUAAAUCUUUGCAAUUUUCAAUAUUGUUGA